GGAGUGUCAAAAGAAAGCUAUGGCGUAUUACUAGGGCAAAAUAAAUAGCAGCAAUUUGUUUUGAUGAUAAUAUUGACUCAAAAUUAAGUCGAUAAAUUCAAAAUGAUAAAAUUUCCUAUUUUGGAUAAUGAAGGAAAAAAAUUCAGGCAAACAACCACAACAAAGUUUAUAACCUUGGAAGAAGCUGUGACACUUCCGACUGUUAUCAAUUUUGAAGGAGGAGGAAUUUCGUCAGGAGCAACAAUUAAUGAAUUGGGAAAACAAUUAUUGAAAGCUGCAGCAGAAGGAGAUGCUACAGAAAUUAAGUAUUUGUUGAUGAAAGGUGCCCCUUUCACGGCUGAUUGGCUUGGUACCAGUCCCUUGCAUGUUGCUGCACAAAAUAAUAGUGUUGAAGUUUGUGAAAUUUUACUUAGGGCAGGUAUUUCAAAGGAUGCUCGAACUAAAGUUGAUAGAACUCCCUUACAUAUAGCUGCUUAUGAAGGUCAUAUUGACAUUGUAAAUACAUUAUUAAAACAUGGAGCUGAUUUUGAAUGCAAAGAUCUGCUUGCAAUGACACCUUUGCAUUGGGCAGUUCAAAAUGGACAUGCAGAAGUUGUAAAAAUACUAAUAGAAAAAGGAUGCUGUACGACUGAACAAAAUAAAUUUAAUUUAACGCCAAUGGAUAUAGCUAGUCAGUUGAAUAGAGAAGACCUUUUGGAACUGUUAAAUUGUGAUGCUUCCAUUGCUGCACAGAAUUUGGCUCUACAACUUGCAGCAGAAUCGGGAGAAAAUAGUAAUGCCAGUGAAUACCAGACUGGAUUGUUAGAAAAUAGUGAAGCUGUUCCUAUUGAAACUGUUUUACUUGAGGAUGAUUCCAUGGGUCUUGAAACACAUUGUGAGGAAGGGCCCAGUUUGAAUGAAGACCAUUUGGAAUCACAAAUUUCAGAGUCAAAUGUAAGCACUCAAGAAAGUUCAUUUUCAGCGUCUAUGAAAAUCCUUCAGGAUCAUGGAAUAACAAUGUUACCCCAUGAUGAUAAUACUAUUUUAAGUACUGUGAUGGAAAGUGGGCACUCUGUAGUCCUUACAGAUAUAGGUAAAGAAGUUUUAGAUUCAGUUAAACAGUCUGAAGAAGCUGUUACUGAAAAUAAAAAAAUCAUAACUAUUACAGCAGAAGAAUUUUUAGCCAUGACUAAUGGAACUUAUGGCAAAACAAGCAUAAGGCCCUUUAAAUUGGUAAAUUGUAAAAAAACUGGAAAGAAAAUAAUGGUUAAGAGAAAUAAAAUACUUCCAAUAUCUAAUGUUUCACAGGUUACCAAAGUUGAGGAAUAUAAACCAACCUAUAAUGAUAUGGAAUUGGUGAUGUCCCAGCUUAUCGAAGCUAAAAAAACUAUUGAAGAAUAUAAGGCUAAAUUAGUAAGAAAAGAAAAGGAAGCUGAAAGAUAUAAACAACAGUUAAAAUUGCUUAUGGAUUCAAGCUAACUUUUGCCAUUGUUAUAUUAUUUGUUAAAUUUAAAUAAGUCUAUUUGUUAAAUUUGGUUUUGACUACAUAUUUU